AUCUGUGCUUUGUUUCUGCAUCCAGCCCUCGAUCCCACCCACCGCCCUGCGAUCUAUUUUCCACAGAAAAAUACAUCGACAAUGUCGGGUUCCUCUAAUCUCGUAGCUAUGAAAAAGGUCGUACAGCAGCUCCGGUUUGAAGCGAGCAUAAACAGAGUGAAGGUCUCCCAGGCAGCGGCAGACCUUCAACAGUUUUGUAUGCAGAAUGCCUUGCAGGACCCUCUGCUCACUGGUGUAUCCUCCAGCACCAACCCUUUCAGACCGCAGAAAGUCUGCUCCUUCUUGUGAAAACCACUGUGUUUAUUGGCCUUCAUUUUGAUGCUACAGGGAAAAGAUGACCUCAACACUGCUCCUCAUGCCAAGCCAUUAUACUGCCACGGGAUCUCUUGAGUGUAGAACACAUUGUCAAACAUGUCAGGAAGAUGACCAUCUAUUUUCAGCCACAGUAGAAGAAAGGAGAGUUUUAUUUUUCAUGGCACAGUAUGAUUUUCGCGGGAAUUAUUGUGCCUUUUCUAUUGUUGUAUUUUAGCCAUCACUAUUCUGGACUUUUUUGUAUUUAAUAAAUAAACAGCAUUCUUUACUA